AAAUCACCUUCACAUACAAUAUAAUUUAGCAAAGGCUAGGUAGUUAGAAAUUAGUAAAAACCCCUAACAAACUAAAUAAGGAAAAGGUUUUAUAAAUAGAUCACAAACAAACGAUAUCGCAAAUGAAACUUACUUAAAAAACGGACAAAACAACCGAAGCUGGAUUCUAAAUCGAUGAAAAAUUAAUAAUCUGUCGACGAUAGCUAUCUAAUAGAUAUAUUUAACGCUGGUUUAAAAAUGCUUUGUUAAGACUUUAAGAAAUAUUUCUUAGUAGGUAGGUCCUCGGAUCUAAGUCCGUUUUCGACAAUAACACGAGCUUUAAAUGGUGUUUGAUUAAAAUAAGCUAAUUCCUUUUGUAAACAUAUUGUGAACUAUCGUAAAACUCUCCCUUUUUUUUGGUUUGCUGAGUUGGCCUUAUUUUAUUUAGUUACCGAGUUAAGUAGGCCAAUUUACUUGACAUUAAGGCCUUGCGUUUAACUUUGCCUCAGUCACAUCCAGUUGGAGCUCAGUUCACAUCUCUUUCAGUUCACAACUCUUUCAGUUAAGAUUUUAGUUUUCCGUACAAGUCAAAUCAUACGACGAAACACAAUGUCAAAAUCGAUACCAAUUACUCGUGAUAGCCACAACACGCCCAAAAUCACAAAACGUACCAAUGCGCGGGGUCUGCAAUCCGUUUACAGCAAGCCUCCUGCUGCUGUGAUGGGCAGCCAAAAAAGAGAAGGAGGAGCCAGUGCCGCCACCAGAGCCACCGGAGCCACCGGAGCCACCGGAGCCACCGGAUCCACCAGAGCCACCAGAGCCACCGGAUCCACCGGAGCCACCGGAGCCACCGGAGCCACCGGAUCCACCGAAGCCACCAGAGCCACCAGAGCCACCAGAGCCACCAGAGCCACCGGAUCCACCGGAGCCACCGGAGCCACCGGAGCCACCAGAGCCACCGGAGCCACCAGAGCCACCGGAUCCACCGGAGCCACCGGAGCCACCGGAGCCACCGGAGCCACCGGAGCAACCAGAGCCACCAGAGCCACCAGAGCCACCAGAGCCACCGGAUCCACCGGAGCCACCGGAGCCACCAGAGCCACCGGAUCCACCGGAGCCACCAAGACUGGUAACCGGGCCAAAGGCAACGAUCAUGUGGCGCAGAACAGUGGAACUGAUCGCAUCUGGAACUGCAACAAGCCCAAUAUUGCAAAACCAACAAAGAAAACCUACAACGUCUAUGCCAAACAGAAGACUAGUUCAUCGAACGGGAAAGUAGAGUCGUCCAAUGCCAGCCUCAAGCAGUCGGUGCGUCCCCCGACUCCAGUUAAUCGUGCCAAAAAGGAGAAGGACGACGGGAAAACUGGAAAGAAGCCAAGCAAUUAUGAGUCCUUCUAUGUGCCCUUCUCGAAAAAGAAAGCCAUUGAAAGCUCGCCCGAAAAGCAAGACGUUAAGAAACCUACGAAUCGCGAGCAGUUUCAGCAACUGCGGCCAGCAGGAGAGCGUUAUGUGAUGAAGGCCAAUGAGAUGGCAGACCUGAUUGCCGAGGUGAAGUUGCGCCAAGGGAAAGAAACCAUGGAGAAUGUGCCGCCAGUGCUGCCGCCACCACAGUUUGCUGAUGAUCCCGAGGGGUUCAGGAGGCGACUACAACUCCAACGCUCCCGCACACAGACGCUCUUCUCGAUUGUGGACUGCGACGAGUUGCUGUUCAAGUACGCCUGUCAUCUGCCCUUUGUCCGGAGUCCGGCGAAUCCCGAUGCCAGUCGCCCGAGGAUGCGCGUGCUCUCGUCACUCUAGUAUGCUGCGAAGAUCUAAAUGGCAUUCUCUAUGUUUUAUAUUUUGUUAUUAGCUGAAUGCUCUCGUUAAUUGUUUUGAUAUCUCACUCAAGUCUCUCAAGCCUCCCUCGAAUGAUUAUGAAUUGGGUCCGCCUUCGCGUUGACUAAAUAAAUCAUUUGUAUCAAAAAGAAGCAUUAGAUUGUUUUCACUUACGCCCACAAAUAGCUAAAUUCUGUCAUGUCACUGUAAGACAUGGUAGAGGUCACUUAUUGGCCGGUGAAUGUUAUAUUCAGUCCAGAUGUUAAAUCUAACCAUUAUUUAAUGAGUACUAAGCAUAAAUGUAAAUUAAUGACAUUUCAAAAUUUAAGAUAGAUGUGGCCACCUACAAAUUGAUUGUAUUCUGGGGCAUA